UGUUGGAACCAUAAUGGAAGGUUCGGUAUUGAGAGAGCUGUGGGGUACAGUAUAUGCAACAAACUCAAUCUAUAAAAUACUACAGUGUACAUCUUUUACAAGAGCUUUGCGAGCCCACAUCACGACAGCUUAUAUUAUUGGUGAGUUAGUAGCAAAAUUUUCUGAUUCAGUGGAAAAUAUUGAAAGCCACACAAAUAUAGAAGGUAUAAAAAAAGCUGUAAAAACUUCAAGUAUGGAAGCUCCACCAAGUACAGAUAAAAUUAUUGAAAUCAUUAAACAUAAGAAAAUUAAAAUUCAAAGAAUCUUGGAAGAUUUUUCAAAAAAUCUAUCAACCUUAUCAAAUUUAAAUGAAGAUGAAGACUUAAAUGCUAUGAAGAAUCUUCUAAGUAGCGCUAUACAAGUACUAAAACAACGAAGUCCCACUGAUGAAUUGUGGUUUCAGUAUUUCAAUUUCAUUUUACUUGCAAUACGAUACAUUGGAGCAGAAAGGUCCUUGAUUUUCAUAGCAAGUGGUCUGAAGUGGACGGAGCUUACACAAGCGAGAGUUCCCGUUUUCGGCCGUAUUAUCAACCCUCUAGAAAAAUUAUAAAUAUUAGUCCUAGAGUUCCGGAAGGUAAGACUUUUUUAACUUCCCGCUAAGAAAAUUGCAAAUUUUCAAAAAUUCGGGAAGUUAUUGGUUUCACCCCGAUUUGUGAAAAUCGAAAUUCCAACAA